AUGCCUCGGCCCCGCCUCGUGCUGCGGCGGCUCCUCCGCCAGGCCGCCGCCCCGCGACACGCCUCGUCGCUCUCGCGCCGCUCGCGCCCGAGCCUGCCCUUCCUCUCGAGCCCGCCGCCGCAGCAGCAGUUCCGCCUCAUGACCACGGAGCGCCGCCGUUGGCUCAAGCACGAGAUCAUUAUGACGGCCCGCUACACCCUCGUCUUCGCUGGCAUGAGCGUGUGCGCCCUGGCCGCCGCCUUCGUGCUGCGCGAGGAGGCCCGCGAGCGCGAGUUCCCCACCCCGCACGAGUGGUCCUUCAUGACCCGCGGCCUGAUCCGCGAGGCCCUGGCCCAGCGCGCACGCACCGACGUCGUCCAGACCGACUGGGUCAGCGUCUUCCAGCUCCUGCGCGACGCCGUCCGCCGCCUCGAGGACCCGGCAAAGGACGGCAGGGGCCUCUCCGACGUCCCGCUCGGCGAGGACCCCCCGCACCCGGACGGCAGCAAGGACCUCUCGGGCCGCAGCGAGGAGUGGAGGCGGGGUUACUACGACGCCCUGAUGGCCCUGGCCAAGGCCUCGGAGCAUGUGGAGGGUUUCGUGCUCGACACCACGCGCAAUACCGCCUUCCCGCCUGAGCUGAUGAUCGGGCCGUCCAACCCGAGGCCCCGCCCCAUCCCCCCUGGGUCAAAGAGCGCCCCGCGCGAGGAGGACUGUGUGCUAGCCUUCGAGGAGACCCCCGACGUGCUGUACCCGCGCCUGCUCGGCACGCGCGGCUUCACGCCCAGGCAGUGCAUGGAUGCUGCGUUGGCCUAUGCCUCUUGGCUCGAGUUCAAGGGCGUGCAUGGGCCGGCGCUGGUUAUGUACGAGAACGCAGUGAACAUCGCGCUUGGGGACGAUGUAUACCCAGGAACUAGCUCGACAAAAGAGCAAGGGGAAAAGUCCUCUGCGCCCCACAAAAAAAUCCUAGAUCCCAAGGUGUGGACGCUGGAGGAGUCGGUCGGCCUCCCAUCCGCAAAUCUCCUCAAUUCAUUAACAUGCUAUGCAUCCUUCCGAGCGAGGCAGGGUGAUGUCUCCUCGGCGCUACCAAUAAUGGUUUCUAUACUGAGGGCACGACGGUCAUUACCCAGCCUCGGCGCCGAGGAUGGGAUAGCAGCAUCCAGACGCCAGGCUCGUCCGAUCAGACCUGCAGUCGAGCGCGCGCUGCCUGAAAGGAUAGCGGAUAUAAUCAUCGGCGCCUUCAGCCCGCCGGCCUUCCCGGAGGCGCCAGACGACGGGAGCAGGCCUCCGGUGCGUGACUCCAAGGCUCUGUGCGAGGAGGCGGCCCUGCACAUGCACAUCGGCGAGGUCAUGUUCUCGGCGCGCGCGUCCGGCACUGCCGUCGCGGGCCGGCGCGAGGACGGGCUCGCGUGGACGCGCGAGGCCGUCGACAUGGCCGAGGAGCAGCUGCACAAGCUCAUGGGAGGCGGCAACGACGUCGAGAGCCCAAAGGCGCCCGGCAGCGGAGUCGGCAGGGGAAACCAAAACGGCGGCCUCGGCGGCGCCAUCGGGCUGACGAACCCGUUCGCGGAGAAGAAGCUGGACCCCAGGGAUGAGGCCAGGAACAGGUGUCGCGAGUGCCUGGCGGCGGGGCUGGACAACUGGGCGGCCAUGGUGGCGCAGCUCGCGCGCGAGGAGGAGGCGCGGCGGGUGCAGCAGGAGAAGUCUGGCGGCGGCGGCGGUGGGGCCGGAAGCAGCUGGCUCAGCCUCUGGGGUGACAGCCGGGCCGAGGAGGAGCAGCGGGCGGGCCGGUGGGCGGCCGAGGAGAAGGUGGUGGCUGAGAGGCGGAGGCGGGCCGAGGCCCUGCUGGAGGACUCGGGCGCGCCGGCGAACGGCGUCAUGUCUCUGUUGUGGGCGUAA